CUCCUGUUCAUCUCCUGCAACACUCAAGACAUGUCUCGCCCCGUCCUGGUCCUCCUCGCUAUCGUGAGCUUCACGAUGGCCCAUCCGGAUGGUUAUGGACACGGAGGUGGACACGGAGGUGGACACGGUGGUGGACACGGUGGUGGACACGGAGGCGGCCACGGUGGUGGAUACGGUUACGGAGGACCCACACCUUACCACUUCGACUACAGCGUCAGUGGCGACUACAAGGGACCACAUUUCGGACAGAGUGAAAAGUCCGACGGAAAGGGCAACGUCCACGGAUCAUACACCGUCGCUCUCCCCGAUGGUCGCAAGCAACACGUUGAUUACACAGCCGAUCACUACAACGGAUUCGUGGCUAAGGUCAGCUACUCCGGAAAGGCCCAGCAUCCGGCCUAUCACGGACCGGCCGUCGUUUUCCCCCAAAACGGAGGUGGAUAUGGAUAUCACUAACGAAAUCUCAUCAAACGACCUUGAUUCUCUUCCCAUCUGACCCAUUUCAUAUGUAUCUAGUGUAUCAGAGUUUACAGUGAAUAAUAAAAUUAUUUAUGAACGGCAA